CGAGGAAUGGGCCGGCCCGGCGGCGCGCGGGCAGCGGCGGCCCAAGAUGGCGGAACUGCAGCUGGACCCGGCGAUUGCGGGGCUGGGAGGGGGUGGCGGGAGUGCGGUGGGCGACGGCGGAGGCUCGGGCCGCGGACCCCCCAGCCCUCGGCCGGCCGGCCCCACACCCCGCGGACACGGCCGCCAGCCCGCCGCCGUCGCGCAGCCACUGGAGCCGGGGCCCGGACCUCCGGAGCGGGCGGGGGGCGGCGGGGCGGCCCGCUGGGUCCGGCUUAACGUAGGCGGCACCUACUUCGUGACCACCAGACAGACCCUAGGCCGGGAGCCCAAGUCCUUCCUCUGCCGCCUGUGCUGCCAGGAGGACCCGGAGCUGGACUCGGACAAGGACGAGACUGGAGCAUAUCUGAUUGACAGAGACCCCACCUACUUUGGUCCUAUCCUGAACUACCUCCGCCAUGGAAAACUCAUCAUUACCAAGGAGUUGGCAGAAGAAGGUGUGCUGGAAGAAGCAGAGUUUUACAACAUCGCAUCUCUCGUGCGCCUGGUUAAGGAGAGGAUACGUGACAAUGAGAACAGAACUUCACAAGGCCCCGUGAAGCACGUGUACAGGGUCCUGCAGUGUCAGGAGGAGGAGCUCACUCAGAUGGUCUCCACCAUGUCUGACGGCUGGAAAUUCGAACAGCUUAUCAGCAUUGGCUCUUCCUAUAACUACGGAAAUGAAGACCAGGCAGAAUUCCUCUGUGUUGUCUCCAGAGAACUAAAUAAUUCUACCAACGGCAUUGUCAUAGAGCCAAGCGAAAAGGCCAAGAUUCUUCAGGAGAGAGGCUCUCGGAUGUAAGCAGACAAUCUGAAGUUCCAGAACCCUGAGGCAAGAGAGUGAUCGGCCGAGCAGCUGCGAGGGGAUAUCCUGCACCUGUACAGUAACGAGCUACUGCAAAGCAAAGCUGCACCUGGUCCUGGAGAAGUGGUGUCUGGCCAGAGCCAGAGGAGCCCCUCCCGCCUGGACGACGACAGUGGGCGUCUGGCCGCACGGCCCCUUUUCAGAAACCUGCUUUUGUUUCCUAGCCAGUGUUAUGACAGACCUUCACGACAGCAUCUGGGAUGGGUCCCUGGCUGGAGCCUUGUGGAGAACUGAGGAGAAGCAGGAAGCUCUAGCUCCCUGAAACGUCUAGAUGCAAAAAGAUGGAGCAGAGGGAGAAGGCUCGUCCUGAGCUGCGCCCUGGCUCGGCCUGCGUGUGCCCUGCCGGACGCUGACAGUUGCUUUGACCAUUCUUCCCUGACCUAGACACUCCUUGAGGUUGGAGGAGAGUUCAGCAUUGGUGUGUUGAACUGAGGUUUGGAGUAUAGACUAACGUUGCCAGAGGACCCACAGUCCUAUGAACAGAGCCUCCAAGGCAGGAGGAUGCAGGGUCCUGUGCUGUGGUUGAGGGGUGGCGGUUGCUGUUCCUGUUCCCACAAGUAGCUUCGCCCAGUGUCUCUCCCACAGCUGGGCCGCAUGUGGCCCCCCCCUUCUCCCAGGAGGUUUGAGGCUGCAGCAUCUAAGCCGGGCUGAACAGACAGCAGCUGGUAUGACUGCUUCUGCAGCCUUGUACCUGAUUGACCCCGUUUUCCUCCCCCAGCAUCUUGAACUGGACCAAAGAGCAAGGACUUUGUGGACCCUCUGUAACAGCUUGGGGUGAGGAAGCCUGUUUCUGUGGAAGCUGCCAAACGUGUCAUGUUGUAGCUAAAAGUGGUGGUGUUUUUGUGACUGUCUCUUGAACAUGCACUGACCGAUAGGUGAUACCUGUGUCUCUCCUUGAUUUGUGUGGUAAACCAGCCCUUUAGCAUCAUCCCUAGCUCUGUUUAUGCAUGCAUGUGUGGGUGUGGGUUCACACACAAGGUGGCACAAGGUCUGUGUACUCCCUGCGUCUACCAGGCAUGAGCUGAUGGCUGCAAGGUUGCAGU